ACCGCAGCGGUAAAAGCAGCAAUUUAUCUGUGUGCAGCCCCAAACUGGGAAGCAGAUGCUAAUUAAAGUGAAGACGCUGACCGGAAAGGAGAUUGACAUUGAUAUUGAACCCACAGACAAGGUGGAGCGAAUCAAGGAGCGUGUGGAGGAGAAAGAGGGAAUCCCCCCACAGCAGCAGCGGCUCAUCUACAGUGGUAAACAGGUGAACCAUGAGAAGACAGCGGCCGAUUAUAAGAUACUAGGUGGUUCAGUCCUCUGCCUGGUAUUGGCUCUGAGAGGAGGAGGUGGUCUUGGGCAGUGAUGGACCCCCUCUCCAUUUCACCUCCUUGCCCUGUCGCUCAUUAAGAGGCAUCAUAUAUCCUCUCACUUUGUGGGACACCAGAGCCACAGCCCCCUCUCCUGGAU